AGCGGGAAGCCAGGAAGUGGCAGGAACAGCUGCCAAGGAACAAGCUGUGCGUCAGUUCCAGGUUUGGAACCUGAAAAGUUUUAUAGUCGCCCAUAACUUGUCUUCAAUAAUUCCCCAUCACGCAAACAGCUUGAACCAUGUCUAGCCUCGUUCUGCAGCGCACUCAUGCGCUCGGCCCGCAGCGUUGCGGCGGCCAAACUGCGAGCCGACCUGGGCCACUCCCAAUUGCUCCGCGAGCUUGCUUCUCAGGAAACAGUCACUCUAAGUUUGAGAGGUCAACGCACCAAAUAGGGCCUCAGGUGUUGUGGCGCACGGAACGCAAAUGCCCACACGUCUCGACGUCGGCGACGGCUACAGAAAAUGUUGCCGAUGAUUUCGAUGACGAAGAUUUGGAGGAUAUCGGUCUAGGUGGCGGUGAGGUGGAGGCAAUCGACGAGUCGCAAUUGGGGCCGCUGCCGGAGGUCCGCCACCAAGGCCCCAUGCACAUCAAGGACCGCAAGUUGUGGCGCGCCCGGGCGGAGGCUCUGGCCAAGGAGAAGAAGCUCAUCCGCGUGCAGGUGGGUCAGCUGGGCAUCACGCCGGCCUUCCUGCGCGCCACGUCCGACGUGCUGCAGAAGCACGGCCUGGUGCGGGUCAAGCUGGGCGAGGGCAGCGGCGUGGAGCGAGCCAACGCCGCCGACGUACUGGAGAGAUAUCUGGACGCCGUGUGUGUGCACCAGAUUGGGUUCACCAUCACACUGUACCGGCGCCAGGGCCUGCCGCGCCCGACCAACACGCAGCCGCUGAAUGAGGAGCAGCGCGUGCUGGCGGCGGCGGAGCUGGCGGCGGCGGAGGCGGAGGCCGCGGCGGCGUCGGCGGAGGCCGCGGCGCGGCGGGAGGCGAAGAAGCGCGCGGGGCAGCAGAAGCCGCAACAGCGGCCACCGGAGUUCAGCGUGAUGUGAGGCGGCUGUGAGGAUUGGUGCACCGGGGUGACCCCUGGCUGGAUGUGGUAGGAGGGAGUGCCGCGGACGGAUGUGUUGCCAGGUUCAGGUGGAGGCCGAGCCGCAGGGAAUGUGAACGAGGAUGGGCGACAAUUCCAUUGAUUCCAUAGCUACUAUACGUCUAUAGAAUGACGUCAAAACGCUACUAACUUGUUACCAAGCACGCUCUGCAAACGGCAAAGAGA